AAACUUAUGAUUGUAUUUGCUAUUUGCUGAUAUUUUAAAUAUAUAUUUCUAAAUAUUAAAUGUGAUUUGUUUUUCGAGCGUAUUUUAGUCGUAAAUAUUUUAUUUUAUAAAAAUGACCGGUGCAAGUUUACCUGAAGACUGUUCAAAACAGUGGGAAAUAUUGUUGUUGUUGAUAUCAUCUGAAGAGAAGAAAAUCGACAGGACGAGUGAAAAUGAAAUUGACACGAUGAGCUACUUCUCCAAUAAUGAAGCUGUAAGAAAAAUUAUGCUUCAGUGGCUACAACAAAUGAAGAGCUCUUAUGGCAAGAAGAUAAAUGAAUUUGAUACAGCUUUGAAAUGUGAUGAUGUGUCUUUAGUAUGGCGACAAAGAGGCAAUGAUAAUUUUAGAGCAAAUUUAGUUGAGGAAAGCUAUAGGUGUUACUCUAAAAGUGUAGUAUAUGCUAAACAUAAUGGACCAAUGUAUCCUUUAGCUUUGGCCAAUAGAUCUGCAUCAUUGUUGAGGUUGAAAAGAUUUAAAGAAUGUCUAGCUGAUAUCUCAUUGGCCAUAGAAAGUGGAUACCCAGCAGAACAACAACACAAGUUACUACUUCGACGAGUUGACUGUUAUAUUGAACUUGGACAAAGGUCUAAUGCCCGGUCAGCCCUUACUGCUGCAACACAAUACUCCUCUACUCUCAACCUGUCAGAUGCAUCAGCUUUGGAAUUUGAGAGACAUGUGAAAAUAUUAGAGAAGAAAUUAGAAAAUCCUGUGUGUGUGGAACUUGAAGAUGAUGAUGAUCAAUUACCAGAUUUGUACGGAGGGUCUAAUGCUGAUUUCAAUGCUGCUUCUAGUGCCAUUGAGUUACGGCGAAGUGAAACAGUUGGCAGAUUUGUGGUAGCAAACCAAAGUGCUAGACGUGGUGAUGUGUUGUUUUCUGAGGAACCUUAUGCUUGGGUGACAUUGCCCAGUGAUGAGCCCUCCUGCGAGAUGUGCUGUCAGCCAGAUAUUAAUUUAGUGCCUUGCAGCCGCUGCUCUCGUAGCGUGUACUGCGGAGUGCAGUGCCGGGCGCGCGCCGCCCUUGCCUUCCACCGCUGGGAGUGUGUUGGAGCACAAAGUGACCUCUUUCCCACUAUAGGGAUUGCCCAUCUAGCUUUAAGAGUUUUAUUAUUAAGUACAAGUCAGGGCUUCCCUAUGGUGCCUCAACAAUCAACAAAGCCCACCACAGCGUUAGAACUGUUUAAAUGUUAUUCAGAUGUUGAUGACAUACAAAUAUACAAGGAGGGCACGCCCGCAUUUUAUAGAAUGUUUAAUUUGGUCACUAACUUUGAUAAGAUGAACAAUAAUGAUUACAUUCAGUAUGCCUUGACAGCAACCAUGUUGACAAUCUAUCUCGAACAUUUUACUACAUUCUUCGAGUACCUACCAAGUAGAGUGCCAUAUGCACUGUCGGGUGAACAGCUGCAGUUAUUCGCUGCAGCGAUUAUAUUGCGCAGUCUUGGACAGUUGGUGUGCAAUGGCCACGCAACUUUGAGUCUGUCAACUGUCGAAGAAGACGACGGAAGGAAUGGACGCACAGUAACAGAACGGGAAGUUCGGAGAGCAACUGCAAUUUAUCCAUCGGCCGCUAUGAUGAACCACUCCUGCGAACCUAACAUUAUCAACACUUUCUACAAGAACCGUCUGAUCGUGCGCUGCGCUAGCGAGCUGUCAGCAGGAGGUGAAGUGCACAACUGCUACGGGCCGCACCGCGCCCGCGAGCCCGCCGCUCGCCGCCGCGCUCAGCUGCGCGCGCAAUACAUGUUCACCUGCGCCUGCACAGCUUGCCGGGACAAUGAUAGAAAGGACUUUGUUUUGGUGUUCUCAGCGUACGUGUGUCAGUCAUGUAAAUGUCCGGUGCUGGUGAGUGAGAAGCGCGCGCGGUGCCAGCAAUGCUCCGCGGACUUCCAGCUCAACCGAGCUCUGGCGAUGAUUGACCGCGCCGAUGAUCUUUCAUUACAAGCCGAGAGGGCAUCAAACAUGGAAGAAAGAUGCGAAAAGAUGUUAGCGUCGUACAAAAUGAAGCAGCAAGUGUGGCAUAGACAUCACAGUUCGCUGCGAGCCGCCGCUGACAAACUGGCGAGAAUUUACGCAGAUCUUGGUGACUUCGGCAGAAGUAUAGAGUUGAUAAAACAAAAUAUUCAGAGCCUCGAAUACCAGUUUGGCUCUUUUAGUGUUGAGGUGGCGCACGAGUUGAGAAAACUUUCCGACGUUAUGUUGGAAAGAAUCUUUAAGCUGCCCGGUCAUCCGGAUUAUCGAUACUGGUGUUUAGAGGCACACAAAAUAAUGAACAAAGCGGUGCAAUUAAUGGAAUUAAAUUAUGGCAAAUGGGAAGUACUCGUCAAACGUCUAAAGGAGCAAGAAGUAUUUGUAGCCUCGCUAUUGGCUGAAUGCCGCACACCCGACACAACAGACUGUGUACACCAAAACUUACAUUAUAACCUCAAAAUAUAAUAACGACCAAUUUCAUUCUUCUAUUCUGUAAGAUUUAAAUAAAUAAAGUGAUAAAGAUAAAAAAAUAAAAAACACCGGU